UUAAAAAGCGAGUCAAGUAUGGGUGACUGGAGCUUUCUGGGGCGGCUGCUGGAGAACGCUCAGGAACACUCCACUGUCAUAGGAAAGGUUUGGCUGACCGUCCUCUUCAUCUUCCGCAUCUUGGUGCUGGGCGCAGCCGCUGAAGAAGUGUGGGGUGAUGAGCAAUCCGACUUUACUUGCAACACGCAGCAGCCCGGCUGCGAGAAUGUUUGCUACGACGAGGCCUUUCCCAUCUCCCACAUGCGCUUCUGGGUGCUGCAGAUCAUCUUUGUGUCCACGCCAACCCUUAUCUACCUGGGGCACGUGCUGCACAUUGUCCGCAUGGAGGAGAAGAGGAGGGAGCGGGAAGAUGAGAACAGGAAGAUGGGAAGGCACCUGGAGGAUCAUGACCCCCUCUACCACAAUGGUGACGGAGGGGGCGGUUGGAAGAAAGAGAAGCCACCCAUUCGCGAUGAGCAUGGCAAAAUCCGCAUUCGCGGGGCAUUACUGAGGACCUACAUCUUCAACAUCAUUUUUAAGACCCUGUUUGAGGUCGGCUUCAUCCUGGGACAGUACUUCCUCUAUGGCUUCCACUUGAAACCGCUCUACAAAUGCCACCGCUGGCCCUGUCCCAAUACAGUGGACUGCUUUAUAUCCAGGCCAACUGAAAAAACGAUAUUCAUCAUCUUUAUGCUGGCUGUGGCUUGUGUCUCUCUGGUCCUUAAUCUGCUGGAGAUUUACCACCUGGGCUGGAAAAAAGUGAAGCAGAGCGUCACCAAUGAAUUUGUCGCUGACAAUGAAUCGUUGCUGCUGGGUGGAGUACGAGCUGGGGACGCCAAGACGCUUCCCGAGGAGGUCAGUCCACCAGCACUCGACUGUUUGCCCACGUACGCCAGUGUGAGUGUGGUCGGGGGCAGCACAGCUGAAGGGGGCGGCGACAGUCCUGCGGAGGUGAUUUCUUUAAGUCCCGAUAUGGCAACUGGUUCUGUGAAGAUGGACCGUACGUUGUUCCACCCGGAUGACCUCCUGUUACAGUCGCUGCCUGCUUCCUUUUAUGGCGGAGUCCACAGACCGCUACCAGAAGAGAAGCAGAACUGGAGCAACAUGGCAUUGGAGCUGCAGGAUCCAAAUGGAAAAAACUCCCCCGGCUCUUACCCUCCUCCCUCACCAAGGAUCUCCUCGUCCUCCUCCCAUGUGGAGGAGACAAUUAUACCCCCUCCUCCAGAAUCACAACACUCCACUUUUCCCACACUCCCCUGCCAUGCUCGCCUCUACCUCCUCUCACUGGAGGAGGCUUUGGCAAAUGAAGGGAAAGCGAUGCAGAGUGAUGACUUCACUGUCGUUACCAAAGCAGAGAUGCAUCAGCCCCCCGACAUGCAUAAGCCAAGACGGGUGAGCGAGAGCAGCAGUUCCAGGGCCAGGCCUGACGAUUUGGCGGUGUAA